AUGGACUACAUCAAUACUACACAGACAGAACCAAAAAACAGCACAAACGUCAGCAGCGUGUUCACACAUCAGGUUCUGCCAGUGCUCUACACCAUCAUCUGUGCUUGUGCCUUCAUUCUCAAUGGACUCGCCGCUUGGAUCUUCUUCAGGGUUCCCACCUCCUCAGCCUUAGUAGUUUACCUAAAAAACAUGGUGGUGGCAGACAUUCUGAUGUUGUUUACCUACCCGUGGCGUGUAGUGGGUGACCUCGGUUACGGCGGCUUGCAAUUGAAGCUGAUAGUUUGCCGCUACACAGCUGUGCUUUUCUACCUCAGCAUGUACACAGGAAUAACCUUCAUGAGCCUCAUCAGCUUGGAACGCUACUUCAAAAUCGUACACAGCACCUUUGGCAUGUCUUCCUUUCUGCAGCGUGUUUCGGUAGCGAAGGCUCUCGCUCUGCUAACUUGGGGCGUCAUGAUGUUCUUCAUGCUGCCGAACACCAUAUUAACCAACCAGCCGAUGCCUAAGGUUUUCUCCUGCAUGGCCCUGAAGAGUGACCUGGGUCGGCGCUGGCAUGAAGUUUCAGCCCACUUCAAUGUUGGAAUCUUCUGGGUGGUGUUCCUGUUGAUGGUGUUUUGCUACACCUCCAUUGCUUGUCAUGUUUACCGUUCUUACAAACGCGUGCAGCAGAACAGCAGUAAGGUGAGACGGCGGUCAAAUCGAAGCAUCUUUAGCUUGCUGGCUGUCUUUGUCUUCUGCUUUGUUCCGUACCACGUUUGUCGCGUGCCCUACACACUUAGCCAAAGCCACAAGGAUGAUUUUAGCACCUACAACCACUUCAUUCUCUUCCAGGUCAAAGAAGCUAUGCUCUUCCUGUCUGCCCUUAAUGUGUGUCUGGAUCCUGUCAUCUACGUUUUCAUGUGCAGGACAUUCAGAGAGUCACUUUUGCAGAAAAUAUCAUUUGUAAACUGGAAAAACAGGAGGCCUUCAAAUAGGCAGUGGGCUCAGUAUCAGCAAUCUGUAAAGACUGAGCAACAAAGUAAAACAACCAUUAGCCAUUUGUAAGAUUGAAAAGAUAUUUUAACUUGAAACCACAUGCCUAGCUGUGGUUUCCUUGUAUGUGAAAAUGCAGUAUGAAGAGAUGGAGCGGAAGAAGGUCACAACAAAGUGGUGUUUUAAAAAAAAAAAACCUUAACUGGAGAGUUCACCUAUAAAUAGAAAUUCUGACAUAAUUUUCUCACCCUCAUCUCAUUUUAAAUCUUUUACUCCUAAAAAUAAUUGUUGCGAAAAGCAAAGGUGUAAAGUCCAGGGGUCAGAAAAUAAAAGUCCUGCCAUAUGUUUAUUCCACCGAUGAACUGAUUUCACCAGAGGAGGAACCACGUCAUUCUUUUCAAGUCACAAGCAAGUCUCAAGUCAAAUCCCAAGUCUUCAAAGAGUUCAAG